GAUGUCCUUUAUCGACGGGGGCACUCGCAGGGAUCAUAGCCGGUUGUGUCGUGGUUGUUGGCAGUUUCUGCACCGUAAUAGGGUAUUUCUACUGGCGACAGGAGAAGAUGUUUUGGGACGAGAGUUGGAUUAUCAAUUACGAUGAUAUCAAACCAGACACCGGUCAACGCGGUUUUGGCGGGAGUGUCAUCAGUAUCCGAGGAGAUUGUGAUACAUCUGCAUCGAGUGUGUCUGGCUUUGUACAUACAGCUCAUCAUAAACAGGUCUUCGCACAAACGGGAAUAUAUAAUGGCCAAACAGUAGCAGUAAAGAUGAUCGCCAAAAAUUCAUUUGCUCUUGACAAAAGGAUACGGAAGGAAGUUAAACAAGUUCGUGACCUCCAACAUUCGAAUCUUUGCAAAUUUGUUGGAGGAUGCAUCGAGGUUCCAAACGUAGCCAUCAUCACAGAAUAUUGUCCGAAGGGCGCCCUCUCCGAUGUACUCUUAAACGAAGAUGUGCCUCUCAACUGGAGUUUUAGAUUUUCAUUUUGCAUGGACGUAGCUCGGGGGAUGCACUACAUGCACAACAACAAACUCUACCACGGGAAACUGACGUCAUCAAAUUGCGUUGUGGAUGACAGAUGGGUGGUGAAGAUUGCAGAUUAUGGGUUGACAACAUUCAGAAACCAAGAAGGAUCACAAGCAAACACAGGAGGAUACAGAUCGAAAGCCAUGCAGGUUUAUCUUCCUCCAGAGAACAGAAGUAAUACAUAUACCCUGGUUUCACAAACUACAGAUGUAUACAGCUAUGGAGUAAUUCUGGUUGAAAUAGCCUCAAGAAAUGAGGUGAUACCCGAAGAUGAUUAUCCUUUGGAUGAGACGUGGAGACCGCCCUUACCAGACCUAGAAAUUGGGGAUACUACAGAUGAUGAAAGGUGUCCAUGUCCGACAGAUUAUUUAGGUCUAAUUGAACGAUGUUGGAACAUCAACCCCGCCCAGCGUCCUCACUUUUCGCAGAUUCGGCAGACCCUGCACAGUAUCAACCCUAGCAAGCUUAGUCCUGUGGACUUGAUGAUGCAGCUUAUGGAGAAGUACUCAAGGCAUCUCGAAUCAAUUGUCGCCGAGAGGACGCAAGAUUUAUUGCUGGAGAAGCAAAAGACAGAUAGACUACUUUACAGUAUGUUACCACAGCCAGUAGCAGACGACUUGAGACAAGGAAAUACUGCUAAGGCGGAACAAUAUGAAUCAUGUACUAUUUUCUUUAGCGAUAUUGUAGGUUUCACAAGUCUUUCCAGUACGAGCUCACCGUACGAGGUGGUAGCACUGCUCAACAAACUCUAUGUCACUUUCGACUCAAUUAUUGACAACUAUGAUGUUUAUAAAGUCGAAACCAUUGGCGAUGCAUAUAUGGUGGUAUCGGGAGUCCCGAAAAAGAACGGUCACAAGCACGCGGGAGAAAUUGCUAGUAUGGCCCUUGAUCUUGUCGAAGUAUGUGAGACAUUUGUCAUCCCUCAUCGGCAGGACCAGAAGCUAAGGAUUAGAGCGGGAAUCCAUUCAGGUUCGGUGGUAGCGGGAGUGGUCGGCCUAAAGAUGCCUCGAUAUUGUCUCUUUGGAGACACCGUAAAUACAGCCUCUCGGAUGGAAUCAACAGGAGAAGCACUAAAAAUCCAAGCUAGUGAAUUUUGUGUCAAUCUAUUACAAGAGCUGGGUGGCUACACGUUAUCUGAGAGAGGGGAAAUGCCGGUGAAGGGCAAGGGUGUCAUGGUCACGUACUGGGUGGAGGGGAAGACGGAACGAAGAAGCAGCGGCUCAGACGACAUCAGAGCAGACGCACAAAUCAUAGACUUAUCGCCUUCGCCGCACCAUCACAAGAUGGAGGCCGAGGAGGACCAACAUGCGCAGCCUCCGACUUACCGACAAGUCACAAAAAACAAUUUAACUGCCAAUAGUGUCAACAGUGUGUAUCUGGACGAGGACGAUCCGGCGAAUAACAAUGUCACGACGCCGUUACGCGGGCCGGAGAACGGCGACGCCAUUAACCUGGUGAAACCCGGAGUGAAGAAGCCGAACUCGCCGUCGGGCGGAAACAGGAACAGUCACAUAUCACUUCCGGAUGGUAAAACGACAAAAAUAAGUUCUGUAGACGAUCAGCAAGAUGAGUCGGAGACAGCUUGCCUCAUCCGCGAAAGUGUCCUCUAGUGGCGCCAACUCAUAAUUACCACGUGACCCGACUGGAUCAGCCAAUGUGAAGCGAGAUCAGUACAGGAUCGAUCAGCUGAGGGCGCUCCCUUCGCUUAACUAAUGAGUAGCGUUUAGUUUGUUCGCGAGUUGAUUCUAAAGACCAGCUAAUAAAAGCCAUCAUGUAUGUGAACGCGAUAUGAAGGGUAGCAGAUUGUAACGCUGUUCAUGGUGUUUCAAAUGGCUAAAUUAUGUAAGGACAAAAUGAAGAAAAUAUUAUAGUUCUUCACAAGAAUGGAAAAUGAUUAAAAAAAUCGGUAUAACGGGCGAUAAGUAAGGAAGCUGAAUUCCUUACGGAAGUCCUGAUGCAUUUCCAAUACUUGUCCUAUGCUUAAAAUUUGGUAGUUUUGCUAAAAGCUAUGCACACACACAAAAUAUCUAUGCGAUGAGCACACUGUACAUGUAUAGUCAUUGAAUAAAGAUAAAACAACUAAGUCUGCCGGUUCAGACUGUAUCAACAGAAGAAAAAAUGAAGAGAUUUCUCCACACGUUGUUGGCCAGUCGUUUAAUGCAUAAACAGAAGUCGGGCUGCUAUGCCGACGCAAUCAAAACUAAACAAGGUCGUUGGAAACGCAACGAUUACAAAUCAGAUUGAGUCGGCUUAUUACACAUGUUAAAUUGUCGAAUAAUGCGAUCUGAUUGGUAAAUAAACAGUUUAGGGUGAUAUGCUGUGAGAGAACUGAUCUCUUUGUGGUCAUUCCAGCGACAUUCAUUGGACACAUCGCAACAGAGACGAUUCGUCCACUCCACGUCGAUUGAUUCAUUUUAAGCUAUUAUGGCGUCAGCUUGAUUUGCCAUACCGUGACAUUGGUUCUACUCGAAUUCGCUGUUACUUCGGGCACUACAUUAAAUAUAUCAGUGAUCAAUGGCAUUACUUGUGUGACUAUUUGUGCGGUACCGAUUCAAAAGCAGCAACACUACGACGCUACUGAGCCCCCUAAACCGCUAUCAGAUGAUGCCCUGGUCUUGCUGGCGUUUUUAGCAUAACGGCAGAAAGGAUUUCGAGAGGAUUGUUAAUUUUUUUUUAUCUUCAAUAUCUAUGAUAUCUAAGAAGUCAUACAAACUCGCACAAAAAAAGAUAUUGAUGUAGUUUCUUGUUCACCUUCAUGUCACUGCCUUGCCAACAUUAGUUCAAUCUUUAUUAUUGCUCAUUCACAUGCCUCAUACACCUAUCCGUCCUUCCUUUCGCAUUUUAUAUUGGACAAUAAUUGUGUUCAAUAUAAAAGAUUUUUUUUUCAAAAUGACCUUUCCUCUAUCUCGAUCUUUUUGUUUAUCUCCUCAUUUUUUGUUCUUGUUUGCUUUCUCCCAAUCCCCUCGUUCUCCCCUCUCUUUUGUUCUCUCUCUCUCAUUCUCUCUCUAUCUCUUCCUCUGUUCUGUCCAUUUCUUUAUGUUUGUCUCUUACAUUUGCUUUUUCUGCUCUUUCUUCUCACUUUCUCACUUUUUUUUAAUUCGGUCCUUAACGACAACAGGCUAUAAUCUUCAAUCAUUAAACACAUACCCAUGAAUUAAAAGUUAUGAACUCAAUCCCCGACUGUGUACUUUUUUUCUUGUAUUUUGUGUUUUUUUAAUUAUUAUUAUCAUCAAUAUCAUUUUAUUUUAUCUUAUUUUUAUUUAUUAUUCUUUAAUUUCUUUUAAGGGGGUCGCCUGUGCGAAUUUUUUAAUUCACUCCAAACGUAUCAUAUUAGUUAAACAAUCAACAAGUAAAACCGGUCAAAUCGUCACUUAAUAUGAUGAUGGAUCAAACAUCAUAUAUGUAGUUCAGUCUCGAUCAUUGGACAGAGUUUUAAAAAUAAAUCCUCAAUUACUAACCAUCAAAGAUUCAUGAAAGAUCAUUUGAUUACUUUUGACUGGGAAUACACGGCAGAUCAAUAACAAAUUGUGGUGUACGUUGUGGUGGGAAUUUAUGAAACAGAUGUAGUAAUUUCUGUUUAUGAAUAAUAAACAACCAUGAAAAUGUCUUCUGCAACGAAAUUGCUUGUGUUGGUUUAUGUUUUGCAAAAAGAAAAAAAAAUAAGGAAAAAUAUAGUGUGAUGUGAUUUUUUUUCUUGAAUGCAAAUGUCAGACUCAUAGAUUUGGGUUUGUUAACCUUUACUAAUUCAAACCAAUGGACCAGUUUACUGAUGACACCAUAUUAAGCCUACUUGUCAAUACACGGCUAAAGACAUGAUUAGAUGAUCUUCCAACAGAAAUAAGUAAGUUGAGUCAGACUGUCCUGUUGUUUUUUUCCCUCGUCAUCGCCCCUCACUAUACUUUCAAGUCGCCUCGAAUAAAAUAUUUUAUUUUAUUUUGUUUACAGUUUAUCAAUUUCCAAAAUUCGAGUCGAGCCCCCCCCCCC